AUGGAUCUCUUACAGAAACUCAAAGAUCCGCAAGUACUCAAGGAUCUGACAGAGGACGCUGUGGUCUGGGCCACCCAGCACGGCCUGGUGAUGGGCCUGGCGACGCCCACGCCCGCCGCGGCGGUGGUGCAUGCGCCGCUGGCGCUGACCCCGGUCCCCUUCCCCGCGGGCACCUUCCGUGAGGCGGAGGCCGCGGCGGGGGCCUUUGCCGCGCUGGUGGACGCGGUGGCGGAGGACGACGCCUACCUGCUGGCCACGCUGCGGCCCACGGCCGCGCACGACGACUUCGGCGUGCUGGCCCACCUGCGCUCCGACUACAUGCUGCACACGCCCACCGGGUCCCUGCUCCAGGUGGAGAUCAACACCAUCGGCGUGUCCUUUGCCUGCCUGGGGGGCCUGACCGCCUGCCUGCACGGCCACCUCCUGGGCCGGCUGGGCGCGGGCGCCGCCGAGCGUGCCGCCCUGCCCCCCAACGACGCUCUGGACCAGUUGGCGGACGCACUGGGCGCGGCGGCGCAGGCCUAUGGCGUGGAGGGCGCCGUGGUGGUCAUGGUGGUGCAGCCCGGGGAGCGCAACCUGUACGACCAGCAGUGGGCCCAGACGCGGUUGUGGGAGCGGCACGGCGUGCGCACGCUGCGGCGCACGCUGAGCGAGCUGGCGCGCGACGCGGAGCUGGGCGCCGACCGGCGCCUGCGCGUGGGCGGCGCCGUGGCCGCCGUGGUCUACUUCCGCGCGGGGUACGUGCCCGAGGACUACGCGGGGGAGGCGGAGUGGGCGGCGCGCGAGCGCGUGGAGCGCAGCGACGCCUUCAAGUGCCCCUCCGUGGCCUACCAGCUGGCGGGGGCCAAGAAGGUGCAGCAGGACCUGGCGCGCCCGGGGCAGGUGGAGCGCUUCCUGCCGGACGAGGCGCAGGCCGCCCUGGUGCGCCGCUUCUUUGCCGGGCUGUGGGGCCUGGAGGACCUGGCAGACCCAGACACCGCGGCGGCGGUGGGCGCCGCGCUGCGCGACCCCGGCGCCUUCGUGCUCAAGCCGCAGCGCGAGGGCGGCGGGCACAACCUGUACGGCGCCGAGCUGCGCGCACGACUGGAGCGCGGAGGGCCGGGCCUGGGAGCCUACGUGCUGAUGCAGCGCAUCCUGCCACCCAUCAACCGCUCGGUGAUGGUGCGGGGCGGGGAAGCCGUGGAGGCCGACACCCUGUCGGAGCUGGGCAUCUUCAGCGUCCUGGUGCGCCGCGGGGGGGAGGUGCUGGUCAGCCGGGGGGCGGGACACCUGGUGCGGACCAAGGCCGCCGAGUCGGAUGAGGGGGGGGUGGCCGCGGGGUAUGGCGUGCUGGACAGCCCCUUCCUGGUGUAA